AUGGGGUCUUUGGAAGCCGCGCCCAGGCACAGAGACCCUUUGCCCGCCAUCGGUUUCCUAGGCAAGGACGGUUCGGGGUAUAAUCCCAAACAUCCCAUCGCCACCGGUUCACCCACCCCUCUCCUCAGCCCAAACAACAUGUACGCCGGACAAUCACUACCCUACUCCUACGCGCCGACCACCAGCGCCCCGUCGCAACCAGGCUACAUCUCACCGCCAGAGUCGCGCCGAAUCCUUGAGGAUGAUAAAGAGAAACCCAGCGGUCGCCAAUCCUUGCCCUCGAUACACGAGGCCUUGGGCAACGACAAUCAUCUCCCGUAUCCCGCGCCCACCUCCGCACCACCACCACAACCCGGCCACACCGCACCUCCUCCCUCACAUCUCAUCGGCCGGUCCGGUGCCGAAGGACCUUCAGGACCUCCCAACCCGUUCUCCAAUGGCCCCGCCACGGGUUCAUUGAUGCGGGAACCGGGCUACCCUGCACACCCAAACCAGAUCCAGGCCGAUGCCUCGCGCACCAGCCUCGUCUCCAUCAACACGCAAGAGUCUCGCAAUACGUCGCUGCACUCGAAAUCGCCCACGCAAAGCGCGAAGACUGGUUUCACCUCGGUUUCUGGGUCGCAAAAUUCCUCCGCCUACGACUAUAGCGCGCCGCCUUCUGCGGGCAGUGUCGCCUCGCCCAAUGGCUAUAGCCAUUUCACUCCCAAUUACUCUUUCCCUCCUUCACAACAACAUCAGCAACCGCCACCACCGCCGGGCGGCCCGUCAUACCCUCCGGCGCAUUACGAUAAUCGAGCAUACAUGGGUGCACCGCGAGUGGAAGAGGUUAAAGGUGGAUUUGUGGGCCGUCCAAUGCCGGGACAACCCCAUUCCGACUCAGUAAAGCGACAUCUAGAUGUUUACGAUGUGGAGACGUCUUUGAAUGAGAUCUCCGAGCUCAGCACGCGAACGUUGGACUUUUCAAGACACUACGCUGCGUUGGCUCACCAGACGCAACGGUCUGGACCCGUUUUGGGGUCUCUACCCACCUUGAACGAGGUGGAGGAUAUACUCCAUCUGCAACGCCGAAACCAAGAUGCUCUGAUCCGGAUACGGACGGCCGUGGUGAACCAGGAACAAGCAUUGGCGGAGCAAAUGGCGCAGCGCAAGGCGUUUAAGCCUGGGGAAGAUGAGCACAUGGCCAUGUACCAAGAGGAGUUCAAGGGUGCCGGUGGAUUUGCCGGGCCUGACUCGAAGAAACGGCGUGGAAAGGCGGCCCCUCCUGGUCGUUGCCACAGCUGUAACCGAGCCGAAACACCAGAAUGGCGUCGGGGUCCAGAUGGUGCCCGAACGCUGUGUAACGCGUGCGGACUGCACUAUGCCAAGUUGACCCGCAAGAUGGGUGCUAACAAAGCGGCGACCCUGGGUUCGAACCUGAAGCCCAAGACGGUUCUCGACUCCGCAUCUCCAACCAGUCAUUAA